GUAAGGCUCUAUCAAAUAUAUUUUGUCAAUACUUCAUUUCUGUCCACAUGCUUUUAUAAUAAAGCAUAUAUUUUUGGACCUCGACUGAUUCUUUCGGGAUUUUUUAAAGGGUGAAGAUGGCUGGUCUGUCUAGCUAUGCCCUGCGCAUGGCCCGUCUGAGCGCUCGGAUAUUUGGAGAUGUGACCCGUCACACAGACUCCAAAUCCAUGAAAGUGGUAGAGUUGUUUAAAGAACCCCCUCUGGCCCAGAGAAAAGAAGUGUAUGACUGGUAUCCCCCACACAAGAUCUACUAUUCAAUGACUCAGAAGCUCAGAUUCAUGGGGCUUUUCAGGGAUGAGCACCAGGAUUUCAAGGAGGAAAUGAGGCGCUUGAGAAAACUGCGGGGUAAAGGAAAACCCAAGAAGGGAGAAGGGAAGAGAGCCGCAAAGAAGAAGUAGACCAGCACAUUUCAUCUACUAUUUAUGAAAGGACAUUAUGAAUGGAGAUACUGAUGAAGAAGCUCUGUACACGAGUUGUACCUGUAUGGACAACAGGACAUGUUUAUGACUGUGGUGUGAUAUGUUCUAUUAGCAGAGAUGAUGGUGAAACAAAAACACAAAUGCUGAAUUUACAAUGUUGGGACAUCCUCAGCAUACCUCACCAACACCUCUUAGGUUUGUUUUCCUAAGAAUACACUGCAAGAGCCCAUAAACCCUUAUGCCAAAGCUUGGGCUACAUACAAGAAAUAAUUCAUUUUAAAUUGCUACAUUUGUGCCAACAAAUCAAUAUACCAGAUAUUGUAAUGGACCCAUAAUGGAAAUAAGUCAGUCAGGAUCAUGUUAGAAAUUAUGCAUGUGUAGCAAUAAUUUUGAUUGUGGGAGACAUGCUAUUCCGUAAACCUGCCCAUAUCCAAUCAUUUUUUCCCUAAUAUGAUAAAAAGGCAUCUUAAAUCUGUUCCAAUAAUAGGUGUAGCGGUCAUCAAUUUCUUGUUCACCAGAUUGGGUUCCUGUUCCAUGAUCUAUUUUCCAGAAUUGUCUAAUUUAUUAAAUGGGAUGUUUUUUUAAUUUUCUGAGCAUCAGUCAUCUGCAAGAGUGCAAAAUACUUGAAUAAUUGUACUGGACAUUUUUGAAGUCAUCGUGACUUGCAUCUUUUCUCUCUUUGUACAUUUUACUAAUCAAAUUACUCUCCUGGACCUUUUACAGCCAAUAACAUAAUUUUUAAGUGUUAACUAUAUUUGCACACAAUUAUGGUCAUAAAAACAACUGCAGCAUUUAAACGUUAACAAUCCCAUGUCAAAGUUGAACAUCUGGUGUGACGAAUAUGGAGCAUCUCAACAUUAUUACUUUAUUAAAAAUAUGCAAUUUGGUGCAGUUGAUAUUGAAAUGAAUUGCAAUUAUGAAAGUCUAUUAGCUUGAUAUUGUAAACCGAUUUUUAUGGAGUA